CUCCGAAUAACCAGUUAAAAAUCCACCCAGUUGAAUUUUCCCCAAUAAAAUUGAUUCAACUGGAUACCCACGAUGAUGAAUUAUCUUGCCAUCCCUACAUAAACCUAAUAAGUCAAGGGCAAUACCAGCAUACCCUACCAUGUCUUCACUUAAUCUGCUAGAAAAUUAGAUGUGUGACAUAAAAAGAGGGGACAGAGUGUCCCAGGAAGGAACUAGGCUACACACUUACAUAAAGAUUCCAAUCCUGCAGCGAGCUAGCCACACCACCAUUAUCACAGCAGGCUGCUCCAUUUUCUCUCUAUCCAUCUCGCUGUCUGCAUGGCGACAACUUGCUGAUUAAUGCGCCCAUCCCCUCCACCUCCUUCUAUAUUGCCUCUCCAUCUUUCUCUCUUGAGUCCUCCUUCAUUUCCAAUCUGAUGGAGAAGCCAAAUCCUUCUUUAUCUCCACAAAUUCUCCUUCUGCUUCUGCUUGUCAUCAUCACAUCAAGCAGCAGAUGCAGAGCAGAGAAUAAUGUUGUUGGUGGCAGGGGAAAACAGAGUAGUAGUAGUAGUGGAGUGGCCUUCUUCAUAUUCGGCGACUCAUUCCUCGACGCCGGCAACAACAACUACAUCAACACCACCACCUUAGACCAGGCCAACUUCCCUCCUUACGGCCGGACCUUCUUCAACUUCCCCACCGGCCGCUUCUCCGACGGCCGCUUGCUCCCGGACUUCAUUGCCAAAUACGCGAAGCUGCCGCUGAUUCCACCCUUCCUACAACCUGGCAACAACAUCGACCAUAUGGCGAUGGGAGUCAACUUCGCAUCCGCCGGAGCUGGCGCUCUCGUCGAGACUUUCCAAGGAGAUGUGAUUGAUCUGCAGACGCAGCUGGGGAACAUGAAGAAGGUGGGGAAAGGGUUGAGGAACAAGUUGGGCAAGGAGGAAAGGGAUGCAAAGAUAUCAGGAGGAGUGUACAUGUUCAGCAUUGGAAGCAACGAUUACAUGAGCCCUUUCCUGACCAAUUCCUCGUCUUCUCUCCUUUUCCACGCCUCCAGCUCCAGAUUUGUAGCCAUGGUGCUCGCCAACUUGACCGCCGUUGUCAAAGACAUAUAUGGGAUGGGAGGGAGGAAGUUUGUGUUCAUGAAUGUGCCGACGCUGGGAUGCCUGCCAGCGAUGAGGCUGCUGAUGAAGAACCCGAAUGGGUGCUACGAGGAGCAGGUUUCUGAGCUGGCAAAGCUGCACAAUGAUCGACUUUCGACGGUGGUUCUGCCUCGGCUGGCCAGGGAGCUGAAAGGGUUCAAGUAUUCGUUGUUUGACUUCAGCACCAGUUUGCACCGCAGGAUGACCCAUCCUUCCAACUACGGGUUGAAGGAAGGAGAAGAGGCGUGCUGCGGGACAGGGAAGUGGAGAGGAAUCGACAGCUGCGGAGGGAAGAGAAGUGUGAAGGAGUUUGAGGUCUGCAACAAUCCCACUGAAUACCUCUUCUGGGACUCUUUUCACCUCACUGACACUGCUUACCACCAAAUGGCACGUGAGAUCUGGAAUCCAACUCCUCCUCCUUCUUCAACCAUCACCAAGAGCUCUCCCCUCGCCAUUGUCGGACCUUACACCCUCCACCAGCUCUUCCACGCCACCAUUCAUCAUUAGCUCGUCGUGUUUACCUUUUAGCUAGCGAUAUAUAUAUCGAGCAUAUACAUAUAUAGGGUAGCUAGUAUAUGUUCUAAUUUCUACUCUUCAAAUGAAGGAGUUUGGCGUACUUGCUCAGCUAUAAUAUGCCUUCUGGAUCUUAUUUAGAGUGGUUUCAAACAGAUGUGCUAGCUUUUUUUUUGUUUUUAUUUUGAGCCUAGUUUUACAUUACACCACCUAUGGGGUUUCUACAGUGUUACCUACGCAUAGGGAUGGCUAUUUGGUCUUGGUUUUUUGGUUUUACUCGAAACCGAAUCGUAUAAUCUGGACCGAUAUCAGAGUGGGAUCGGAUAGUAAACAAUCCAAUCUCAUCUUCGAACUUAGAUUUGAGGUAAAAAAAUUCGUUCGUGACCAGACCGAAAUCCGGAUAAGAGAGUCCAACACCAAACUUUAACUAAUUCCUCACCCUUUCAGGCAUCGGGCCAUUCAAAUUCCCAUAAGGUCAAUCUAAAAUCAAGAUCGAAUUGGGACCGGACUGUAUCCCCAAUCCAAUAUUUGGUCCUUAUAUUUUCGAAAAGACCGGAUCGGGAUCGAAUCAAUUCGGACAAUUUAACCGGACCGAACCAUAUAGCCAUCCCUACUAAGCACGGUGGAUCCGGGGGUUUUCAAGACGGCCGGAGCUAGAUCUUGAACUUUGUUUUAUUGGCGACGGACGGCAGCAGCAAGAGGUGAUGCUUUGCUGGUACGACAUGAGAAUCAUUGGUUUUUUCGAAUCUUGUGGUUGUUAUGGGGGCAAUCUCUGGAGAUUCUGUGAGGGAAGGAAUAUUUACCCAAAUCCCAGAUAAAAUCUUUGGAAAUCCCUGCGACAUGGUUGAGAAGUCGAGUAGUGGUAUGAUUCUUCAGGAGCGGUUGAGACGAUGACCUAUUUUCAACUUGCUUAUCCGCGAGAUUGUUCUCGCACAAUGGAGAGUGUAGGAUGGAGAUCAAGGUCUUGUUGAGGAGUUGGAGGAGUGGUCGAGUAAAUUGUUAAUUCGAAUGGAGAGGAUAGGUGGGUGCACAGUUUGGUCCGGUAAAUUUGUGCGGAAUGAGGGUAAAGGUGGAAUAACAAAAAGGUAGUAGAGACAGAUUGUCGUUGAAUGGAUAUGUUAGUGUCGAAUUUCGAUAUGUAUAGCUGAUCUCCAUUUCUAAAUCCGACAUGUAUGCAGGUUUUCGAAACCCUUUAAUCUUAAAAUCUCUAAUUUUUGUCCCCCUUCGAAAAUGAGAAAUUUGGACGAAAUGCUUCACACAAAUCUCCCAUCCAAACUACCUCUUGAUGUAAUUUCUCAAUCCGCCUCUCAGUAAUGAUCUUCCAACGUUACAUUAUGUUUAAGCCCCGUAACCCCCUUCUUACGCCUCGUGCUCCUGUCUCCCUCGUCCACUUGCACAGUCGUCCUCCUGCACCCACACAAGAGCAAGAUUUAUUUUAUAAAGUAUAUCAUUCAUU